AAUACAUUCAGGCAUAAUAACCCUUUGUCAUAAGAGAAAGAAACGCGUUUUGCGACGGAGAUAAAUAAUUGAAAAAAAUGCGGCUGUCCGACUGCGCAUCCCUGGGAGUGAAUAGGGAAAUGCUGCGCCAGUGUCCCGGCUGAGAGACGGAGCCGAUCUUACCCAACAUAAGCUCCUGAGCUUCUUUUACCCCCCCUUGUCAUUACACAAUAGGCCAUCGCUACCAAAAAUCAUCGUUUCCAACAUGUGUGCAGGGAGACAAAAUAAAACUUGUGUGUUGGCCAAUGCGCCCCUGCGUCGGUCCCAUCCUGCAGAAGCAUGUCCCGUCGGAAACAGAAACGACCCCAGCAGCUUAUGAGCCUAACCCUCGGUGCCUGUCGGAUACUUGAGCAUGAUGACCACUUGGCAGUGAAGUCGCAGUCCAUUCCGUUUAUCCCGGAUUCUCCCUUGUGUUCUCCAUCUUCUUCUCCUCAAACCUCUCAGCUGCUCCUUACUCUCCGUUCAUCUUUCAAAGGGUCUCAGACCCCCUCUCUACCCACUGAGGGUCCAUCGUUAACUCGUUCCCCCAGCCAGGCCUCCUACCAGCCCCUCAAAGACCCAAAGCCUUCUCUCUCACCUGACUUCCCUUACUCUUCUCUCUCUUCCCAAACUCAACAUCCGCCUGUGCUUCAACUGUCUGGUUGCAGUCCUACGUCUUCUGCAAGUGCCUUCAUCCACCCUUCCCGAAGUGCACACAUGGCCUCUCCCAAGCUGGGGCUGUCAGCCACCACCACCACCUCUUCUUCCUCUUCAUCGUCCUCUGCGUCUCUAUGUCCUCCACCACACCCUGGAAGCCCCAGCCGUGUGCCUGAUGGCCCCCCAAGUCCUGUUACUCCCAGUCCCAGCCCAGGAGUGACAUCUGCCUCAGCUGCACCCUCUAGGGCCCAGCUGAGCAUUGCCCUGAUCCUGGAGGAGCUGCGGGUGCUGCAGCAACGGCAGAUCCAUCAAAUGCAGAUAACAGAAGAGAUUUGUAGACAGGUGCUACGCCUCGGUGGAGCCUCCUAUGCCAUAGACACGCCCUCCCAGCAUCUCCUACCUCCCUUGCCACAGCUCUGCUUGGAAGGCAGCAAAAGGGCAGCCAGCCCAACUACCCAGCCAACUCCACCUCAGCCUUCCACGUCUGUAUCUCCUCUACUGGCAUGUUUCUCCUCCCUGCUCCCCUCUCAGGCAGCCAACAAACCCACAAAGCCAAACAGUUCCUUAUCUCAAAUCUUACAGCCCCACAAGCCCCAGAUGGAAGGGGCUUUGGGCACUUCAGGGGCUCAUAGUUAUUUGGGGAUGAGCUCCCAAUCCUCAGCUCCCUCCACCACUUCCUCUGCUGCCAUAUCCAUGGCCUCCUCCACCUAUCCGAUAGCCCUCUCUUUAGCUCUGCCUAACCGCUAUCUUCAUGAGAAAUCUCCAAAUACCACUUCAGUGAGUGGGCACAGUGGCCUGUCUUUCCUAAAUUCAUCCCUCCCCACAUCAGUAUCUAUUGUCCCAAACUCCCAGAAUGCUCUGCAGUCUGCCGCUGGAGGAGGAGACUCUUCCCCUUUACCCAGCUCCACCACUACUGGCCGCCUCCAGCAUGCCUGCCGCUUUUGUGGAAAAAUGUUCAGCAGUGACUCUUCCCUGCAGAUACAUUUACGCUCACACACAGGGGAACGACCCUACCAGUGUCCAGUGUGUCUCAGCCGCUUCACCACACGAGGCAACCUCAAGGUGCACUUCCUACGCCACCGUGAGCAAAACCCAGAGCUCUCCCUUUCACUCCUGCCACCUUCAUUGUUUGGGGUAGCAUUAGGGGCCACUGGGGGAUCAGAUAUGGGACAGACCAUGAGCAGUGGUAGCAGUAGUAGUGGUAUGAAUAUGAUUCAGAAGAAGCGAAAAAGCAGGCCUGAUGAUGAAAUAUGUGGAGAUAAUUUGGAGGUCAGUGGCACCAGUACUAGCUUUUCUCUCGGGGCCUCUGGAGGGUCUACCCCUUCCACCCUACCCCUGCCCCCGACUGUGGAUCUGGCAUUGAUUUCCCAUUCUCUCCUGCAGCUGAAUAGGGCUGCAGCUGUAGCCGCUGCAGCCUCUAUCGCCUCUGGCUCAUCCCACUCAUCCUCCUCCUCGUCAGCCUCCACCUCUUCUCUGGCUACCUCCCUCCUCUCGAACCCUUCUUUGUCUUCGUCUUCCACCAUCACAGGGUUAUUCAAGGGUGCCAAGCAGCAGCACUUUGAUGAAAACACUCCCCCUCAUGCCCCAAUGCUUUCUCCUGCAGCUUACUCCCAGCUAGCCCAUCUACCUAAGCUCCUUUUCCCAUCCGUCUCCACUUCUUCCUCUGCCCCUGCUGCACACUCAUCCCUCUACAACCAUCCAGCUUUGGGCUUGCUACGCACCCCGGUACCUUCUACUCCAGGCUCCCUCCAACUUGCUUCUUCCAGCCAUUCUCAGCUCUCUUUCCCAUUCUCUUCCUUUCCCAAAGUCCCAGGUCCAGCCACCACCACCCCAUCCUCCUUGCCUUCUUCCAUGGCUUCCUCUACUCCUACAUCUGAAACCUCCAAGCUGCAGAGGCUGGUGGAGAAGCUAGAGAAGGCUCCUCCCCGCUCCUCUUCUCCAUGGACUUCUCCCUCUACGUCCACCUCCAUACUGGAGAUGUUAUCUAGCAGUUCCACUACCUCUUCAGCAUGCUCAGCCAACAGUCGUUUCACAAAUGCCAACACUUCUACCACAUAUGUCAUGGCAUCCCCACCAUCAUCUACCCUUGUCACCUCUUCUGUUUCAAACUUCACCCACGAGAUGGUUGCUGCCCUAGGCAUGAGCACCAAUGAAGCAAGUGCCAUGGCCGGAGGCAUGCUACCAUCACUGAACUUCACAGUUCCAGCUGGUAACCUGACAACCAAUCAGUGUGGGGUGUGUCUACGGGUGCUGAGCUGUCCCAGAGCACUGCGUUUGCACCAGGCUACACACCUUGGAGAACGCCCUUUUCCAUGUAAGAUAUGUGGACGAUCCUUCUCUACCAAAGGCAGCCUGCGGUCACAUUUGGCCACCCAUCAUGCCCGACCACCAAAUGCACGUGUCCAAAACUCUUGCCCACUGUGCCAGCGUAAGUUCACUAAUGCCCUAGUGCUCCAGCACCACAUCCGCAUGCACCUUGGGGGACAGUUGCCCCCAGAUGGCACAGAGGAUUCUGCACAUAAGAUGCCAGCUGAAUCUAAUGCCAAACCUCUGUCACAAUCUCAGUCCCAGUCCACUGACCCAAAUAUUGCCUCAAGUAAAACACCUCCUCUAGCUGGCCACUCUAAGAGCCCAGCCCCAAGCUCACAAUUUCAAACGCCAGCAGAUGGCUCAGUCCCUGUCUCUGGCAGUAUGAAAUCAGUUGAUUUCACCAAACAUCCCAACAAGUCUGCAUCCUGCAGCCCAGACCUCAUCCCCCCUUCCGACCUUAGCCCUGACCCCUUCAUUAAUCCCACCACACAAACUCCACCACCAGGCAGUGCAGACCCCCCUGUCCUUUGCGUCAGUGCCCCCUUGCCAGCUUCCCAGCUGACAGAUAAAGCUUCCCCAGUUGGCAAGGAAAACCAAGUUGAACAAGUCACUGGUGAUGUUCAUCUUCCUAAAUCCACCCCCUCACCAAUUUCCCCCAUUGUUACCAAAACCACAGUGUCCCCUAAAGCUAUGGUAGUGGACUGUGGAGAGGAUGAAGCAUCUACCUCCUCUGAUGCCUUCCUUGGCUCCAGCCCAAACCUGCAGGAUUUACAAAGCACACCUGCCCUUGGUGCCCCCUUUGCUUACACCUGUCCCGAUAACUCCUCUGACGCCACCCUGAGUCAAGAUUUUCCUAAUGUUAAUGCAACAAUAACCUUGGAAUCAGACUCAGUCUCCCCAAGGCCCCAAUCACCAGAACCCAUGGAAGAAGACAAAGAUCAAUCUCCUCCAACAGCAACACCAAAGCAAGACCCAGAAAGUGUGGCUGACGAGGACCCCAAAAUGAUGUCCAAUUUGGAGAGUGCAGACACUAUUGGUGCUGAAGUAAGGGGUGCAUCACAGAGAGCUGCCGCUUUUGUAAGGGAGACACGCCAGAGUUUUCAUUUUGGUUCGUAUCGGAGAGAAGAGCGGGUGGAAGGCGUUAAGGUUAGUGGAUUAGCUCCAAGUGAAGCACUGGAUGCUUCUGCCCCCAUUAGCCUUGCCCCAACCCUGCCAUCUCCGAUGUCUCGUCCUGAAAAGAAGACCUAUUGCUGUGCUGAGUGUGGAAAAGAGUAUGCCAGUCGCAGCGGGUUGAAGGGACACAUGAAGCACCAUGGUGUAGUAACCAAAACAUCACGUCCACCAGCCCGGAGUAGUCGUUCCUCCAUUGACCAGCUUCCUUCUUCCACAUCUAUGACUUCUUUGAACAUUCCUGCCACCAGGAGCUCAGCAGGCUUCUGGAACCAGUACCAAGCCUUCCUUAACACCAGUAAUGAACCAAAUGAUGACCCAAUUGCUGGACCCCAAGGAGAGAAUGAGUCGGCACAGUCAGCAAAAUCCCCUGUUCGAUCUCAGAUGGAUCCAAGAGUUUCAGAAGAAGUUGGGGAAGAGUCUAGUGAAGGGUCAUAACUCAAGUCAGUGUGACUGGCUAGAUGAUGUUUUGGUGUUUUCAAUCAAUGUUUACCUUUUGGUGAAAAUGUAUGGAUUUUUGCGUAGUACUGCUUCCUUAACACAUUUCAAUUAGCCUGUCAGUUUGAUAGUCAGAGUAAUAUGUUUGUAUGUGAAAGUUGUGAGUCAAUCAGCUUGGUCUUGUGUUAAAAAAGCUAUUGUACAAAUAAAGAUAAAAAUAUUCCAGAAGUAACAACGUGAGUCCAGUUAUUGCUGGAUUUGUUAAAAAAAGUGACACUACAUUUUUCUGGCUGAAGUUCUUACUAGUUUGAAGCAGAUUCUAACAAAAAAACUACGUUUGGAUAUGAAGAAAGAGUAUUCCUAUUGUAUUAGUGUUUCAUACCAGACCUUGGUUAAAUAAUUCAAAGUAUUUGUUUGAACUUAGCACCAGGCCCAGAUAGGUAAGGUUUAUCACAUUUGAACAAUUCUGAUGCUUAUUAGUGAGUCACCAGAAAGUAUACUAGAAGAAUAUUUUUAAAUAAUUUUAUGCCGUUAUGUAAACAUUUCGGUACUCAUCGUGUUGUGCCAUGUACCAAAUCUGAUCCGAAUGGCCCCAAAGGAGGCUUAAGCUAACCAAAAGAAUAUUUCUUCGCAAUAGAGGGAACUGAUAUGAAUGAGGAAAUUAGGCCAGCAAAAAAUAAAUAUUGCUUUGCAAGAGCAAACAAGGCCAACAAUAUGAAUGCUUUUCCUUGGGGAAUAUUAGGUCCUUUGUCCCACAUCCUGUGAUUCAGAUAAACUACUUGCUCAUGUCAUUGUGGGUUACUUUUCACUAUUUUGUCCUGUCAAACCAGAAGCACAGCUGCAGUGUUUGUGAACCAAGUGAGGACAUAGUCUUUUGUGUGACCCUUUACCUUCAGCUUUGUCACUAUUAUGAUUGUUGUUUGGUCCAAAUGUAUUAUCUGUAACACUUUUUCAGUUACUAAAGUUACUAAAACUUUAAGUUACUAUAUAUAUAUCAGAAGUCUAUGUCUGUUUGUUGUAAGCUGUACAUUCAGU